UAUUCUCUCACUGGCGUCUCGUCAAAACAGAUGUAAUUGUUUAAUUUUGGAAGAAGUGUUUUGUCGAUCGCCGUCGAAUUUUAUACUUUUUUUCAUUGUCGAUUGAAACAAAUCUCAGCGAUUUUCAAGUGGAAUGAAACCGAAUUAAGAACUUUAAAUACAGACGGAAGUAAAAGUUGAUGUGGACAUCAAUUUAAAGGUCUCCAAAUGUUAUCAUAGAUUCGUCUAUACAAAUCAUAGAGGAUAAAAAUUAUCUGGACAAUCAAUCAUCAGUGCGGCAUCGUAUAAACACAGCGUCAACAAUGGACGAGAAUGUUGAACAAUCAAAUAAAACAAUAGGACAGAUGGACGAUUCAUCAAUUGAUACAGAAAUUGAAACGUGUCGUCUACGAAGUGGUCUGAACGAAGACUGUCUGUUGAAAAUAAUGGAAUUUUUGAACGUUUACGAUUUGAUACAAAUGUGUCACUUGGGCGCAUACUACAAAGACUUGAUAACCAAAUGGAUUAUUGGCAAAAAAAUGCUCAAUCUGCGAGGCAUGACACAAUCGGCCAAGGAUGAAAUUUUCGAGAUAUUCGGCCAAACGAUGAGAAAAUGCAUCAUUUACGAGUCGGAUUUUCUGAAUUUUCUCGAUACGAUCAUUAAGUAUUGUGCACCAGGUAGACUCACCCAAGUGGAAUUGAAUUUGAAGCAACCGAUGGCUGAAAACGCAUUCCUUAACACUAAUUACAUUCCACUGUCGAUGCCAAUCUUAUCGAACAUCCGUAAAUUCAAGCUGAAUGUGUUGCGCUUUCAACGGUACAGCUCCUUCGACCAUUUUCUGAACGCAUUACUCGUUAAUGCCACAAAUCUCGCCUAUUUGCAUCUAUUUCAUGUGGAUAUAGAAGGUGAUUGGUUGAAACAGACGAACAAGCUGAACUUAUACGAACUACGAAUACUCAAACCUUGCGUUAUUUCCAUGACGCAUUUGAAGAUAUUUUUGAAGAGCUUACCGAAGCUAAACACAUUCACAUUUAAAGGUGACUCAGAUAUUACAUCCAUUGGCACGAGUUUAGUCGAAAGUUGCCCCAACUUAGAAGUGUUCGAAGAUAUACAUACAGCAACUUCGUAUCGCCGGAAUACAAUGUCAAUGAGGCAUACGCGUUAUAAUUUUCUAGCCUCGUUUAACAAUUUGAAAAUCGUUACCCUCACAUCCUACACAUUUUGCGGCUGUGACCUGUACUGUGCGCUGAGAUAUCUUGCCACUACGAAUAUUGUACAAUUGAAGAUUCAUGCGAAUUUGGAGCAAUCGGAAACAUUUAACGAAGAGGAACGCAAACAAAUAUUGCAGAGUUGUUCGUUCUCGCACUUUACCAGUUUGACCUGCUUGGAGCUUGACGUUCACAACUACAGACUGGACGGGUUGCUUCACUGUGAAUUUUUAAUGCUAUUCGCCACACAGUUGAAGAAUCUGGAAAAGUUCUCGCUGCAAAGCAGCAAACUGACCAAUAUAAACAAACUGAUUGAAACGUUGCCGCAGAUUCGUACCUUCUCCAUUUCGCAGAUUACGACCAAACAUCUUCCGGUGGAAAUGCGGAAAAUUGUACGCACUUUGCGGGCGAUACGACAGACGAGCGAUAUGUACGAAGAUAAAGUGGUUUUACGGUUAAUUGUGAAUAUCGAGCAAUGGCGAGAACUUCAAGUGUACAAAGAUAUAGCCAAACUAACGGAAACAAUUGUCGAUCCGUUCUUGGAGCCAUAUAAUCAUUUUCGACGAUGUCCUUCGGAAAUUGAAAGUUAAAUUUUCGAAAAUCUGACUAGGAAAAAAGUUUUCAUUUUAGGGAUAGAUCCGAUUGUUAUUAUCAUAGGAAUUUGAUUGGUUUUUUUUUAACGAAAAAUAUUUUGUUGGGUCAAAAACGAUGUAUAGUUUUUACAUGAAACAAUUAAAUUAAAUAGCACGGAAUAUUUGAAUAAAGAAACAUAAAAAAGAAAA